AUGGCAGAUGUCGAUACGACGCACGACGCGGCCACCACAACGGCCGGUGACGCGCAGAACCCAUCGCAGGAGCUCGCGGUCACUACGACCAACAACGAGGUGGCGCCGCCAACGGAGAAGAAAGUGAAGAAGAUUAUCCGGCGGAAGAAGCGCCCGGCGCGGCCGCAAAUCGACCCAGCCCUGGUCAAGUCAGAGCCGCCACCGCAGACAGGCACCGUCUUCAACAUUUGGUACAACAAGUGGUCUGGGGGCGACAGGGAGGACAAAUAUCUGUCGCAGACACACGCAAAGGGAAGAUGCAAUAUUGCUCAGGACUCCGGGUACACACGCGCCGAUUCGCGACCCGGUUCUUAUUUCUGUUUGUUUUUCGCUCGGGGGAUAUGCCCCAAGGGCCAGGAUUGCGAUUACUUGCACAGGCUGCCCGGUAUUCACGACAUCUUCAACCCAAACGUUGACUGCUUCGGCCGCGACAAGUUUAGCGACUACCGCGAUGAUAUGGGCGGUGUAGGCAGCUUUACCCGCCAGAACCGGACCAUCUACAUUGGCCGGAUCCAUGUGACGGACGACAUCGAGGAGAUCGUUGCGCGACAUUUUGCGGAAUGGGGCCAGAUUGAGCGAAUCCGCGUGCUCAACAAUCGGGGCGUGGCGUUCGUGACGUACACCAACGAGGCAAACGCGCAGUUUGCGAAGGAGGCAAUGGCGCACCAAUCCCUCGAUCACAACGAAAUCCUCAACGUCCGGUGGGCAACGGCGGACCCGAACCCGAUGGCCCAGAAGCGGGAGGCCAGGCGAAUCGAGGAGCAAGCAGCUGAGGCCAUCCGGAAGGCGUUACCUGCCGAGUUUGUUGCCGAGAUCGAAGGCAAGGACCCGGAGGCUCGAAAACGGCGGAAACUGGAAAGUAGCUACGGGCUGGAGGGAUAUGAGGCACCGGACGAGGUGCAUUUUGCACGAGGUCCGAACGCGGUCAACCCAAGGGGGCGAGAGGGGUAUGAGCUCGAGCACGAGCAGCGCCUGAUGAUUGAGGCUCCUGAAAGCCAGACGGCGGAGGCCGAAGAACAUCAGGAGUCGGAGGAGCCACAGGCAGGGGGGAUUCUCUCGGGCAGUACUCUGGCCGCCUUGCGAGCAGCCCAAGUGUCUGUCACGUCAAAACCUAAGGAGGCUGCUCCAUCUGGGCCCUUGGUAGCUUACGACGACAGCGACGAUAGCGACUAG